AUGUCAAGCGAAGAGGAGGUAAUUAAGAUUAUAUAUCUCUUUUAGAGAAUGAAGCAAUUGCAAUAGCUUCCUAUUAGAAAUUAUCUGGAUUAAACAGUUGUUCCAAUCCUACUUUAAGCGAUGACAGAAGUCGCUAAAGUGAGGUGAGUAUUGUAUAAUUUAAUCAAGACCUCCUAACCCUAUUGAAUUCAUUGCUAACUAUUUGUUGUAGAAUAAUCCAGAAAAAGCGUAGGCCAGGUAAUAAUGA